AUGUCAGUAGACGAAGUGGAAUCUGAAGUCAAUUUUAUGAAAACUUAUAGCAUAAUGGAAUGGGAUGAACUAAUAAAGCUAAAUGAUGAUCGUAAAUUGCUUAACCAAAAAAUUGCGCUUGGGUUAGCCACCAGAGAGGAAUUUUCAAAACAAAUAAAAGUUGAAUUAAAUAUGCUGGAUACGUGUCAACUUAAAAUUGAACAAGAAAUGAAAGAAAACAACACAGAGUAUAUUAACACUCAAAUACUUCCCAUUUUAUCAAAUCGUAUCAAUGACAUGUAUAACAAUAUGUUUCUAUUAUUUCCCGUUGAAAAAACUUCACUGUCAGAAUAUAUUGAAUUCUGCUCAAAUAAUACAUUAUUUGUUACUAAAUGUAGUAACAUGUUAGAAACACUCAUGUUGAGAUACCAUAGUGACCCUGAAGUAUAUCUAACUGCUGCAACAUAUGAAUUUGAUGAUCGAAAUAAUAUUGAAUCAGCUAGACGAUAUUUUGCAGAAGGAUUAAAAUAUCACGAAAAUUGUAAAAAUUUAUACGUAGAAGAGUUCUGGGUAGAAGUACAACACUUAGAAAAGACUGCAGGCACCUCACUGCCAAUUGCUAUUGAUAAAUAUAAAAACCUAAUAAAACGUUUUGAAGGUGAUAUUGAAUUUCAUUUUAUAUUAUUGGACAGAGCAAUAAAAUUAAGUACAGUUAGAGAACUGCAAUGCAACGUAGUCAGAGAUAUGGUUAAGAAGUAUAGGCAUAGUGAGCUAAUGUGGCAAAAAUUAGCAAAAAUUCAUUUUGAUGGUUUUAUCUAUCAUCAGGAGACUGAGCAAUUACACUAUGAUAAAAAUUAUAUUAAUGGUAUUAGAAAUUGCAUUAAAACCUAUGAAGAUGGAUUAAAAGAAAAUUUACCUCUACAAAAUAAACAUAAGUUAUGGAACUUUUAUAUUGAUCAUGUCAUAGAAAUUCGAAAGUCUUAUCGCAUGAAAAAAGAAACAAUUAGAAAUUUUAUGAAUGAAACAAUGGAGCGAGCCUUUCAAGAAGCUCAUGAUAAUAGGGCAUUAUGUAAAGCUGAACAAUAUAUUUAUUGGGCUGAUAACACAAUCAAAGACUAUGAUAAAAUAAUGAGUAAAGCAGUUGAAGUGAUAGAAGAUAAUGUUGAACUCUGGGUUAAUUUAAUAUCAUAUUAUUUGAACUACGACAGUCUUGAAAUGGGUAUAGACGUUUUCCAAAAUGGUGUUCGGGCUUUAAAAAGCAAAUCGAUGCCUUUAUGGGAAAUUCUUAUUAUAUACAUGGGGAACACUCAUCCAAAAUUGCUUCAACAAUUAUAUCAUGAAGGCUCACAUUUUCCAUUCCCAGAAGUCAACUUUAUUAUCAGGCCUGAAUAUUUGGAAUGGAACGUAGUUCACUAUGGAAUACUUUCAACUCGUGAAUUGUUCAUUAAACUUAGAGACAUCAAACCAGAAUGUAAACAGUUAUAUAUGUCCAUGAUUUCAUUUGAACACACUCAGAAUUCAGGAAUUACCAAAUUAAAAACUAUCAGGAAAUUGUAUAAUGAUGUAUGUAAUCGUUUUGGCGACACAGACAUAGAGGUAUGGUCCGAGUGCAUCCGUUUUGAGUACAUGUACGGUUCACGUAAACUAGUAAAAGAAAUUUUUAAGGCAUCAUUGCGGUGCUUGGAACCAGAUUUAAGAAGUAGUAUGACAGAAGAGUUUGAAAAACUCAAAAAGGAAUUCAAGUCUAGUACAGUAAGCAUGCUUUUCUUCCUACCAGUCAACCAAAUCAACCUUUUUCUAAAACACUCAAUGUCGUCAAACGCAAAUGCCAUACAGCCAAGAAAAUAAAAUUAUAAUGCAUCAAAGCAAAAAAUUUGUUUUUUUGAAAUCACUUAUUAUAUUCUGGUCUUAUGACAACCAUGCCAAUAUUUUGACUGAAUAAUUUGGAGUUUUUACAACAACUCCACAACUGCAAGAUAUCAAAAAAAAACUCUUAUUUAUCAGAGUUCAUGAUUGACAUCAGAUAAUAGUAUUUCAUUAGAAGACACUAGAAUUUUGAAUUUUUCUAGUUCAAAGCUUAAAGAUCUUAUUGACGUUCAAAAUAUUACUUUUGAUAUUAUAGAAGAUACUAAAUAAUUAGUUGAARAUGUUCCCCAAGAGAAUAUUCUACUCAAAAGUUAUACGUUGGGCUUACGUACGUCGUUCCUAGAAGAAAAAAAAGGUUCGGUUAGGGCCACCAACCGCAUAUUCAGUUGACCAUGACUUUUUUUUUAUCAUCUGUCUGUUUAGUCUAAUGCCGUCAACGAGUAUUGCAGCUGAUCUUCCUUCAACUCCAUCAAAAAAAGAGGGUAAAAACAUUUGAGAAUCGUCGACAAACAAAAGCAAUUAUUCAGAAUGUAUACAAUUUUUUUUCAAAAUUACGUUUAGAAUCUCACUUUAAAAAAAUAGAUUUGCCAAAACACAAAAAGUUACUUCAGAAGCAUGUGGGAUAUCUUUAAGAACUGUACAGAACGUUUCAAAAGAAUAUAAAAAAAAAUUCUGGAAAAUUUAUUUCACCACGAAAAUCAAUGUCUACCCAAAAACCAGUGUUAGUAAUGGACGAUUUUAAUCAAGAUGUUGUGCGUCGUACAAUUUUUGAAUUUUACGACGAAGGUGAAUUUCCGACUGCUCAAAUGGUACAAGAAAAAUUGGUAGAAAAAAUUAAUUAUGAAGGUUCAGUGAGGUCAGUCAAAUGUCUUUUCCAUAAUUUAGGCUUCCGAUUCAAGAAGUUUAACGGCGGGCGAAAGUUUUUGAUGGAAAGAAGUGACAUAAUCGUAAAAAGGUUGGUGUUUCUUCGAAAAAUGAACGAUAUCAGGGAGAAAACUCCUUACAAGCCAAUCUUUUAUUUGGACGAAACUUGGCUUAAUCAAAAUCAUACACGCUCAUAUAUAUGGCAAGAUAGUCAUAAUGAUGGAGCUUUAAAAAUACCAACAGGAAAAGGAGCCAGACUUAUCCUUCUUCAUAUCGGUUCGGUUAAAACAGGUUUUAUUCCUCAAUGUAAACUAUACUACAAGAAUACUAAGAAUACAUCUUCCGACUACACUCAGAAAAUGUUUUUGAAAAUGCUUAAUAUGUUAGAAGAACCAAGCAUUAAUUAUAGUGAUGGCCAACUCCAGUUACCAUUCUAUCGAACUAAAUAAAGCGCCAACGACCAACUCAAAAAAAGAAAUUAUUCAAAAUUGGUUGAAUGAAAAAAAAAUCCCGUUUUCACCACUGGAAAGUAAGGUGGAGCUACUUAAAAAAAAAGAAUGUGUUUACGAAUUAGACGAAGAAGCUUACAAAGCGGGUCAUGAAGUGGUACGUMUUCCUCCAUACCACUGCUAGUACAACCGGAUUGAAUUGAUAUGGGCACAAGUUAAAGGCGAGGUAGCCACUAAAAAUAAAACUUUUAAAAUUGCAGAUGUUGAAAAACUUACACAUGAAGCUAUUGAAAAUGUUACUGUGGAGAACUGCAAGAAAUGUGUUGAGCAUGCAGAGAGAGUGCAAAAAGAAGACGCUGAAAAGGAAUUGGUGAGAGAAAUUCGUCUAGAUCCAGUCAUUUUGACGAUCAACCCUGAAGACGAUGAUUCUUCAUUUUCAGAUUCUGAUUAUGAAGUUAGUUGUGAUGAUAUGUAAAUAGAAAUAUUUUUUUAUUUACUUACAAUUGACAUAGCGUACUAAAACGGCUGAAAUCUAUA